AUGACCCUUGCAGAACUCUUCUUUGCCCUCGACCGUAAUCUUGAAGAUGUCGACUCUUUCUACAACAGGAAGUUCGCAGAGGCAUGCCGGCGGUUGAAUAUCCUCCACAACCGCUAUGGCCGCGUCCCCGACGUCGUGGCAACUCUUGACCAGGAUGAGGUUGAAGAGGUCAUGGGCGCCUUGCUCGAAUUGCGAACACAGCUGAGAAAUCUGCAAUGGUUCGGCGAGAUCAACCGCAGAGGCUUUGUCAAGAUUACCAAGAAACUUGACAAGAGAGUCCCACAGAUUUCAUAUCAACACCGUUACAUCUCUACCAAGGUUGACCCGAAGCAGUUUGCCAAGGAUGGGAACAUUAGUCGAUUGCUGGCUGAGAUCAAUCGCUGGUUAUCUGUUCUCACUGAUGCUCAGCAAAUUGACGAUUCCAUGUCGGAUCGCUCUACUCGCUCACUCGGUCGUGCCUCCGCCAAGGCCAUGCUCAACCUGCCACAGUCACAGUUGGACAUUUUGGAUCAUGCUGUUCGCAAUGACGAUGUCUCGUCCCUCAAAUGGGGACUCACAGACGCCAAUGUAGGCUCAGACUCGUUUGCUCACAGCUUGCUGCUCAAUCUUCUUCAGCGAUCCAUCUCUGCCCGUUCAAGGCAGUGCAUCACUUACCUCCUUACCCAAGUCAAUGAUUUGGACGAGCCCGAUGACAUCAAUGGCCGAAACUGCAUCCAUCGACUAGUCAUUCACAUCGGCCGUACAAAGUCUUCGACCCAGGAUGAUGAAUCGAGCGCGUAUCCCGUUCCUCUUGGAACACAGUUCACCAACCGGCAUCUGCAGCCGGCAGUGUCUGCAGCCGUUCCCGUUAAAGCUAUCAAUACUAGGGAAUCUAACCUUCUUUCAAAAGACGAUGAAGCAGUUCAAAUACUUAUUUACCUUCUGGAUCAGCUUAGUGAAAGCCAGCGUGCGGCUCUGAAGGGCCGUGAUUCCUUUGGACGUCUUCCUUUGCAUUAUGCUGCCCAGUUUGGAUUUGUUGUUGUCUGCCAAAUCAUCAUGAAAUACAUGCAGGAUUGGAACCAGUUUGACGCCAAGGACGGCAUUGACGCUCCUGAAUGGCAUGACAAUGAUGGUUUUGCACCACUCCACUUGAGUGUUAUUGGGGGUCAUCCCUUGACCACGCAGGCAUUGCUUCAAGGCGAAAACUGGCAGGGAAGUAGUGAGGCCAAGGUUCAGAUUCGAAAGACCAUUCCCAAAUCUGGCGCCUCCUUGGCCUUGGCCACAAAGUCCAACUAUGAGCCAAUUGUCAAAAUGCUUGUUGACGCAGGCGUAGAUAUCAACUGGACUGACAAGACCGGUGAAACCGCCUUGCACAUUGCAGCCAGAUUCGGUCAUGAAGAUUGUGCCCGUAUCAUUCUUCGCGGAAGCGGCUCCCAAAAGGCCAACAUGGAGCUUGCUGAAAACUCUUAUUCUUGGACACCUCUCCAUGUGGCAGCUGUCGACGGAGCGCUCUCUGUUAUACGACUUCUCGUUGAUGCUGGCGCCGACGUUUCCAAGCCCGAUGCGUCAGGCUGGACAGCUAAGGAACAUGCCGCGCUCCGUGGACACAUGGAUAUCGCUCGGUUCCUCGCUGGGCAUACCAACGAAGAGGAAGCUGCUGCGAGAAUCGCACAGGGCAUGCAACAGUCAAACCCACCAGAGAACUCAUCCAUUGACGGAAGGCGCUCCAAUAUACCAAACAGCAAUACUCCCCGUCCUGCCGAGCCUGUCAAGACCUUUGGACAUCGGUACCUCACCGACGAAAGCCUGGUGCUUGUGAGCCUAGGAUCGAUGGACACUAGAAAGAACACGGAGGCUGUUCAUCUUGACAGCGUGCCUCUCACCGAGGCGCACAGUACGCAGUUGGACACGGCUCUUUCCGUGGUUGUGAGCGCUAAUGGUGCCCAUGGCGACCCGACCACCAUUGAUCUUCCAGUUCACGAGGGAAUUUCUACCGAACCCAUCGUUUUCAAGACAAAAGACGCAACCAAGGUCAAGCUGCUGUUUGACAUUAUCCCAACCUACUCGGGAAGCGAGAAGAACAAGAUUGGCCGUGCUGUUGCGCUACUCCCAUCAGUAAAGAAGACGAUUGGCUCGCGGCGCAUGAAUCUACAAGGAGAUGUUUGCGUGCCUAUCAUGUCCAGUAACCUGGAAGUCAUUGGCACUGUCAAUUUCAACUUUCUGGUCAUUACACCCUUUUACCAUCCCAACAUCGAGAUUACAUCACGGCAAACAUACUGGAGGAAGGUGUCAUCCACCAUGCUGAUUGGUCAUCGCGGCCUGGGCAAGAAUCUCACAUCCAACAAGUCACUGCAGCUCGGAGAGAAUACUCUGCCAUCAUUCAUUGCCGCUGCCAAUCUUGGCGCCCAGUACGUUGAAUUCGAUGUCCAGCUGACCAAAGACCACGUUCCUGUCAUCUACCACGACUUCCUCGUCAGUGAGACGGGCAUUGACGCUCCAGUCCAUACCCUCACCUUGGAACAGUUCCUUCACAUCAACCCUGACAAGGCCAGAGAUCGAGGGUAUAAGAAUGGCGCCAACACCGACAGCCUUGAUGAUCUCACUAUCCGACCCCGUAGCAAUAGCUUUGCACCGCCGAAACGGUCCUUGUCUAUGGGCUAUGCUGGCACCGGGAAUGAGGAGAUGGAGGAGCGCAUGAAGCACACUAGGGACUUCAAGGCGAAGGGAUACAAGGCCAACUCUCGGGGAAAUUUUAUUCAAGCUCCCUUUGCCACCUUGGAAGACUUAUUCCGCCAGUUGCCAGAGGAGAUUGGUUUUAACAUGGAACUCAAGUACCCCAUGCUUCACGAGAGUGAGGAGCACGAGAUGGACACGUAUGCGGUGGAGCUCAACUCAUUCUGCGAUACAGUCUUGUCCAAGGUAUACGAUUUGGCGGAAAAUCGCCACAUCAUCUUCAGCUCCUUCAACCCGGACAUCUGCCUGUGUCUCAGCUUUAAGCAGCCUUCUAUACCUAUCCUGUUUCUUACGGACGCAGGAUGUAGCCCUGUGGGCGACAUUCGCGCGUCCUCACUACAGGAGGCUAUUCGAUUCGCCAGUCGAUGGAAUUUGCUGGGCAUUGUGUCUGCUGCGGAGCCAUUGAUCAACAGCCCUCGUUUGGUCAAGGUGGUCAAAGAGAUUGGUUUAGUCUGCGUCAGCUAUGGUGUAUUAAACAAUGAUCCCCUUAUGGUUCAGAGACAAGUAAAAGAAGGCAUCGACGCCGUCAUUGUCGACAGCGUCCUGGCCAUCCGAAAGGGUCUUACCAGUGGCGAAUCGACCGUCGACGGAUCCAAUGGCUCACCUACAUCGGAGGACUCAUUGAAACUUGACAUUGAAGAGAAGUAG